UUCACUUUGGUCCGCCAUAUUGCUGUCGCCACCGUGCGUGCGUCUUAUUGAAUCAUUGAAGCUCUUAGGUAAUUAUUGAUCCAAUUUCGCUAUAUGUAUGUCCGUGUCCCCAUUAGCAUUUUCUCAUUGAAUAAAGAUUAACUUCAGUUAUGGUAUAAUUUGUUUCGUAAACUAUUUUGCUCAACUUCCACCUUGACUCUUGUAUCGAGUGUUCAAUCUGUUUGCGAGAUGUCCAGGAAAGCACACGGUGUGGUAUGUCGUGGUUUAAUAUGCUAGUGGUGUUGUGAACAAAGCCAUGCGCUUUCGAUAAUAGACUAUGUGUUGUGAUGCCGAUUCGGCAUGUAGUCUUGCACGUUAUGUACAACAUGUCCUAAUACAUAUUUUCUGUAUCGGGACUAUUGUGUAAAUCUGCGAGGUGUAUGCGAAUGUCUCCAACUUGGUUGUCCUGUCUUCGCGCUGCCUGAAUUUCGGGUUCAGUUUUCUUUGAAAUGGGAGAUCGUAGUAAUCCAAUAAAAUUUGGUCCAUUAUGGCUGCGUAAUAUGCCAAGGGAGAGAACUGCUUCUUCUCCACCGAAUAGUCAGAAUCCAAGCUCUGCUACUUCAUCGGGUGGCGGUGCUACUAGUCCGGGAGCUUCUGGAGCAACGGCCAGUGGCACACCUACACCAUCUGGAACGGGGAACACAGCGAACAAUUCUGGGACAUCGAAAGUGUUACUGGCGAAAUUGAGGUACGGAAGGGAAGAGAUGUUAGCAUUGUAUGACCGAAACACAGAAGCCCCAGCUGAACUGAAAGCCAUCGAAACCCUUUACCAACCUCGAGGAAAACCACCUGCAGCCCUAGACAACACAUUUGAAGAAGAGCGCGACACUGCACGCAGUGUCCCACCCACAGGGGGAGCCCCGUCGGGAGAAAGGUAUGGGAUGGGACGAGGCGCCGGACGUGGGCAUCAUCCAGUAGAAGGACGUGGAAGGGGCAGGGGCAUGUUUAUACGACAAACACCGACAGUCAGAAGUUCUUCUUGGCAUGUCAUAAACCCAAGGAUGCCGUUGUACAGUGGACCCGAAGAUGACCCAGUGCCUCCCAAUAGAAGUUGGAGUGCCAGUAAUCCACCUAAUAAUAGAAAUAGUGGAGAACAAACUGAUUGGACCCCAAAUAAACCAUAUCGGAACAAACGGCCAGGUCCGAACACAAACUGGCGUCAAUCCUCUCGAGAUGAAGGAGAUGAGUGGCGUGCCGAUACGAGUCGAUCUAGAGGUCAGGACAAAUGGGAUCGUGACUGGGGUGAAAGACCAAAUCAAGAAAAGCAAUCAUGGAAUCCAAAUCGCCGCAAUUGGGCGGGGGAUGAUGACAAUUUGCCUGAAUGGGCCAUGGAGAACGCCGAAGCUUGCGGUGGUACGUUUGAUUCCUCCGGUGCUUUUCAUGGAUACAGCAAUGAUGACAGCAACUUACCCAAAAACCAAGACAACGUAUAUCGUCAGUCGUUAACGCGUUCACAUACCCAUGGAAGCUUUGCUCGUCAGAAGACUGUCGAGGAAGGCUCUGAAGAGUGGUGGGCCUCAGAGAAGGCCAAAAAAUUGUCGCCCAAACGCUUUGAUGCUGGUGACAUAAAAUUCAAGAAGCCAGCCAGUGCUGCGAUCCCAGAGGCAAGUGCUAACAUUGCAGUGAAAACGUUAUCUGCCAAAGAUGAUCAAAUUGAUGAUGAAGAAUCUGAAAAGGAUUCGGAUGCCACUGUCAGCGAUAGUCCUCCGGAGACUCCAAAGAAGGCUAUAGUGCCUAAAGAAAAGAAGGAAGAUGAAAAGAAAGAGAAAGUGAAUAAGAAACCUUUGCCGAAGCCUAAAUUUACAGAGGUUAAACCUUUUGAGAGUCUUAUGCGUUCCGAGAGCAAGACUAAACAGACUAAUGAAGACAAUUUCAAAUCUGCCAUGAUGAUGCCACCUAACAACAAUUUGCGCCAGAAGCACCAAAAUAUUGUUUCGCCCGUAGGAGACUCGCAUGAGAAGCAGGAACGCCAACCUGGGAUUUUGCGUUUGCCAAGUUCUCAAGAUAAGAUUAAUAAAUCAGCAGAAAACAAAAUUGUCGAUGAUCUUUUUGACUUAGCUCUAGAAGAUAAGGACAUCCUCCAGAAGUUGCCCAAGUCCACCAACUCUUCUUUGUUGGCUGCGGCAAAUCAACAGAGCUCUAUGAUGCCUGGAGGAUUAUCCGCAGUAGUCCAUCCUCGUCCUGACAUACACGCUUCAAUGUUUAGUGUGCCACCUCCUAUGCUUCCGGGACAGGGCAUGGCCAUAAAUCCAAAUAAGACCAUUUUGCCGCCACCAAAUAUGCAGUCUGGACUGCAACCGGGCAUGAUACAAGUUGGAAUCACAAACAAUGCUUUGAAUGCCUCUCUCGGUCUACCAAUUGCCCGUCCCAAUAUUGGGCUUCCGAUUACUGGAGUUCCACCACCUAUGCUUUCUAAUCAGAUGUCCAAUACUGGACUUGGCGGUGGUGCAUUACAGAACCCAUUGGGUGUAGGAGGAAUGCAGAGUGGACCGACAGGCCUGGCUGGAUAUCAAGGUGGUGGAAUUUCGGGUCUUGGCACACCCAAUCUUGUAAACAAUUCGUUGUUCAUGGGACAAAAUAGUAACAAUUCAUCGAUGUCAUCCCCGGGCGAUAUCCCCAUGCCUAACCAUAACAACCAGUCCAAUAUGUUCCCGAUGCAUGGACUUCAACAUUCUGGGAAUCAAGCUGGAACAUUUAAUUCCAUUUACAACAGCUUGAUGCAGCACACAUCUGUGCCGCCACCGUCGACUGCUCAUAGCUUGUCUGACCAGUGGUACUACGAGGACCCGAAAAAAAUGAUCCAAGGGCCAUUCACUUCGAAGGAAAUGUACAAUUGGUAUAGGGCCGGAUUCUUUAGCUCGACCCUGAUGGUACGUCGGGCCUGUGACACCUUGAUGAGACCGCUCGGCUCUUAUGGCCCUGUGGUGCCUUUUGCGCAAAUGGACAUGAUGUCGUAUAGCAAUCCUCAUGAUAACAUGCUGAAUCCGCAGUCGAGCCUCGGACUGGAUGUCAUGAACAUGCAUUUAUCGGAUAACACUCCUGUAGAUUCUAUACAAUUUGGUACCGUUGGACUAAUGGGAAACCCACCAUACGGCCAAGUUCCAAUGGUUGAAUCGCUUUGGAAUCCGCCGUCUUCCACAUCUGACAUGAUGUGGAUGCAGCACAGCGUCAACACGCGUAACGAGAAUCGCGUCAACAUUCUGCCGAUGUCGUUCUGGGAUCAGCCGUCUGCGAUCACUCCUCACGCCUUGCUCCCGGAGGAAAUUGCCAAAGAAAUGAAGACCGAGGAUCAGAUUCUUGCACAGCUGAGGGCGUCGCAGAAUAUUUCUUCAACACAGGUGCCAUUCUUGAGCGACCAGGCUACUACUUCGACGUCUAACAAAAGCGAUUUCACUCAAACAACGAGCGCAACUCCCACCUUGGAGGAACUUCAGAAACUCAUGCAGAAGGAAUCGCUUAUCGCUACUCCCAAGCCUACGGUUAGCGAAUCGAGCGUAGCUGUUGAACAGCCAAAAACGGAAAAGCCGCCGAAACCGGAGGCGGUCGAGACGCUCGUAACGAAACAGCAACAGCAGAAAAAUCCCGAACCAAAGGCUAAAUCUCGAAAUGAAAACGAGAAGAACGUUAAAAAACAAGAGAACAAUGCUAAGAACAAGACGAAGAAGUCGAAAGACGAUAAGAAAGAUGAUUCUGAUCUUAAAGUUAAAGAUGACGAUGUUAAAUUAGAGAAAAGAUCUUCGGAACCUUCGCCUACGAAAAGUAAAAAAGAAGAGAAGGUCAAUAAAAAGGAUAUCGAGAAAGAAAAAAAGGAAUGGAUUAAGGAGGGUUUCACGAUUGUGAAAGGUUCGGAAAAGGGUAAUAAUAAGGAUGUCAAGCGUAAAGCGAUAGAGGCGAGAGCAGUUGAGGAAGCGGAACGUAAAAGGCAAGAAGAGGAGAAAUUGGCAGCAGAUGAAGAGAAAAAAAAGAAACAGUCCGAGGCGAUUAAAAAGCAACAAGACGUUCAACAGCCACCACCGAAACCGUCUACGGUCGAGUCGGUGGCGAAGAAGGCGCCGUGGUCGGUCGCGAAUCACACUCUGCACGCGCCCAACAAGGACGGGCUCAACCUCGCCGAGAUCCAACGCCUCGAGCGCGAGAAGAAGCUCGAACAAAUGAAAGAGCAGCAGCAGAUGAUGCACAUCAUCGCUCAACAGCAGGCCGUCGCUAUGGCCCGCGAUCAGGAAAUGCAGGCCGGUCUAGGAGGAUGGGGUAAGAAGAAAACUACUCUUCCCAUUGGAACUCCCAGCCAGACUUUAGCCGAGAUACAGGCAGAGGCAAAGAAGCAGGCGGCGACCCUGGCCGCAGUUGCUGCUUCUAUCAUGGAGGAGCCACUGAUAUCUAACCAACCACAGCCCAAUCACGCGCCGUGGAACAACUCUGCAAAUGAUAUAUUACUAGGUGGAUUUUGGGAUACACCACAAACUAGCCAACCAACGAAGGUCGAGAAGCCUCAGGCGGUCGAGUCGUCACCGAAGCCAGCCGAAACCAACAAGAACAAGAAGAAGCUAACCUUCGUGCCGCUAGUGAAGAAAGAGAUCUCGCCCGCUGUCGAAUUCGAGAACUGGUGCACCAGCGCUUUGUCCUCGUGGAGCUCUAAAGUUGAUGUGCCGACUUUCGUUGGCUUUUUGAAGGACAUCGAAUCACCGUACGAGGUCAAGGACUACGUGAAGUGCUAUUUGGGAGAAUCGAAGGAUUUGAACGAUUUCUCUCGUCAGUUCUUGGAGAGAAGGUCCAAGUUGCUGCGCGUCGGAAUGGUGACGCCUUCGGAUGAUCUUUGUUCGCCCGCGAUCGCGAUCAAUCCGCGCACCAACUCCGGCUCCGACUACCAGGAAGUCAAGGGCAAAGGGAAGAAGGCCAAGAAGAACAAAAUGUUGAAGGUCGACGCGCGCAUCCUGGGCUUCUCGGUGACCGCCUCCGAGGAUCGCAUCAACGUCGGCGACAUAGACACCGUGUGAAUCGCACCCAGAAACCUGAACCCGCAUCUUUACCAUACGUAAUCCGUAACCCAUCGGUGUUAGGAGUCGCGUCGUUGAAACUAUCUUAGGAAUUAAUAUCCGUCUUGCCUACGUCUACAUCAGCGAAUUUUAUAUCGGAGCCAACCGUCUUCCGAAUACGAGAUUUGUUUUUUAUAAAAAAAGAUUUUAAACGUUCUUCCUGGAAACUCAACACGGAACGUGCAGUACAAUGAAUUGAAUGUAUUCAAUCCUAGAGCAAUUGUAAAGGGAUGCAGCGUCAUCUUUAGGGUGCUCUGUGUUUUUCCGAAAUCCAUAGUCACAACAACGUUAAUGCCGCCGCCGAUCUUAAGACAAGAGAUCGAUAUCUCAAUUGUACUCGUACUGUAUAAAAAAAAACAUGUCUUCGAAUCGAUUCAUAAUCAGGAUGAUCUCACCGAACCAUUGGUGGGCUCACGAUACUGAUCCCUAAACGAUACGCGACCAUGUUUCGGGAACGCGAACCAACCAAAUAUGUUUAAUAAGUACGUGUUAUAAUUUUAAAUCAUCUACGGAGUGCCCUGAAGAGGUUCUGUACAAAAUAUUUGAUCGCUCAACAUUUAAGUAAGUACAAACUACGUUCUUGUGUGUGUGCAUGUUCUGACGUCAUCAAAGCGGUCGCGGAUACGUAAACCGCAUCGUACUCACGAAUACCCUCUCAUUUCUAAAAAAAGAGAUCUUAAUCAUAAGAAUCACAUAAGCGCUAGAACUUGCGAGCCUUUCUGACGUAGUACCGAAAACGCACGACAGGUGGCGCUCAUUUAGUUAGAACAAACGAAUGUAACUCCGAUAUUUAGAGGAAGAGACAGUUAAGGGUCAAUUUAUACUAGCGCAAAAUCGAAGGGUCAAAUUCUUUACAACUAAAGCGAAACCGCACGAAUGCGCGCGUCUUUUUAAAAUCUCCGAAGUAAUGUGUGCGUUACGCAGUGGAGUUAAGGUUGAAUUUGCUAUGUCCAGUUUUGGAUAGAUGCUUCCAUGCACUUCGACAGCGCUAGUAUAAGUUGACCCUAAUACUUACUCUGUUUUACUAUUUAACCAUAAAUCUAGUUGGGUCAGCGGAUCUAUCGAAUCCGAUAAAUCGGUAUAUCUAUAAAUUUUAAACAAUAGUAUAACUCAAAAAGUCAUUAUUAUAAGCCAUGUUAAAUGCAAUUAACCUUGGAUAGUAAAGACGCGUCAAUUUAACUAUGAAAGUAACAGAAAGUAUGUUUGUGUGUUUAGUAUACAUGUUCUAAUGUUUCCAACGAUAGCUAAGAGCAUAGAUGGGUUUAAAUGGGUUGUAUUAUUGGAACCUUCAAUGGUGAUAACGAUCAGUAGUUUAAGAUUUUUUUCCGCGUAAUUGUACCUCUGUGUAUGCCGGCCCGGCGCCUAGGGCGCAUAUUAUAUGUGUUUAGUUACAAUUAGAUGUAUCCGUAAAACGUUUAUUGCGUUUUUGACUUCAACACAAAUGAAUGAUUUAUUUUAAUGUGUUGCGAUAUUCGAGCCACAAAUUGAAAUUGAUUAAGCUAAACCGCAGUUCCGACAAGACAGUAGAUUCCAUAUUUCUAGUCAUACAAUGCUAUAAUUAAACGCGGAUGUUUUAGCGCAUCCCCCUGUAAUCUUAUCUUUCGUACAAUUAUUAAUGUAAAUGAAAUAUUAUAUUCGAAGUAAUUACGUUUUUUUUUUUUUUUAUUAAUUAUUGUGCUAACGGCGAUCUUGUACUCGAGAAUGUUAGUUGUAAAGAAAUGUGCAAUUUAUGUAAUCCAUAAAUGUUCGUAUUUAAUUCUUUUAUAUAAGAUAUAUAAUUAUAUUUAUUCAUAACGUUAUAGUCUACAGACGUAAUGUGGUCAUUUUAUUUUGCUCACGCUGUUUCAACGACAGUCGUAAUUAUUAAUAUAAUAUAUAUACAUAUAUAGGAUAUUGUUGCGAAAAGUUUUUACUCAUGUGCGACCUACCUGGUUUCAUGGUAUCUUAUCAACAGGAAGGCCUGAUUAUAAGUGCCAAACGAACAGUUAGCAGAUGUCUGGCAACAACCACGCACAUUUGGAUUUGGCCUAAAUUUGAAUAUAUGUAGUUCUUUGUAACGUGGCACUUUAGAUUCUGUAUAUAAACUCUUUUAUACAACUCUUAAAAUACAUAGUAAGGAACGGGCGAUAAUUCACGGUAGGUCAUUAUUUUAAAUAAGUCGUGAAACUAAAUAAAUAAUAUUAUAACUAUUCAUUAUUCUUAACUUUUUCAUUAAAUUACGGUGAUCAGUACACCGAUUCAGAAAUGCCGGCAUGCGGCCACUCUAAUUGGCUAGGCCAUAAAUAUUUUGCGAAUAAAUGUCGUUUAAUGAUUAAUAUUUAUUAACAUAUCUUUACAUUUGCUUAAUGUGGAUUUGUAUUGAUCAUAAACGCGUGUGUUUUAAUAUAUUUUUUUUUAAUUUGAAUAACGUCCUUUUUAAUUAAACAAAAUCAAGGGUUACUGGAAAAAUACUCGAAAGAUAUUUUAAAUGUCUUCUAUUUGUGUGUGUCUUUGUAAAUAGCGAUCAAUUAGAACAAAGGCCUCCCUUUGAUGACGUCAAAGGGUCGAGGUGUCAGUAAUUUCAAGUCAUUUCGAUUUUACUAAUAUUUUUAAUAAUAAAACUUAGGAUAUAAAACGAUUUGAAAUUUUGUGUUUUUUUUUUAAACUAAGUAAGUAAGUAAUUUAAGACUCGUAGGGGAAAAAAAUAUAUAGUAGGGUUUUAGAACUGAACAAUUUAUUUCUUCACGCAGGUUCGUCUUCAACAUCAAAAUUGGAUAUUUCACGAAACAUUUCAAAGAGAAUUUAAAAAAUAAAUAUAUAUAAUUUGGAACGUAUAUAAAACUGUUCUUAAUAUUUAAAAUUGCUUGUAAAUUUAAUGUCCGCUGACGUCAUACUAGGUAAUGUCGCAGGGUUAAUUUCGAAACCGUAACACAAUCCAAAAUUAAUAUUACAAUUGCAUUACGGGUGCUUGUCAAACGCCUCCAUUUCAUACGACAUCAGUAACUACACAUAUAAAUAACAUUUUUAAGUUAUUGUAACUUCCCUGGACAUACAUUCAAUGAAAUUGAGAAUUGAUCACGUUCAAUUAUGUAUCAAAAACAUUACGUUUACGCAAUAUCACCGAAUGUAUCCAAUGAAAUUCAAUACGUAAUGAUAUUACAUGAAAUAGAGAAGAUUGAUCUAUGCAACUACGCUAUUUAGUGACAUCAUGCUAUAACUGCUUUGAUUCUGCGACAGAAUACACAAACGACGUGCCAAUUAAGAAUUACUGACGUAUGACGUCAUUCAUUGAUGUAUCCCAAAAACACUGAUCGAAUAAUCGUUUUAAUUUCGCAAAAGAUUCUUCCUAAUUAUAUUUAAAUGUCCGUUUGAUUAUUGGAUAGUUUUCGAUGUUUAGCUGUAAGAUUUAUAAAAUUUUAAUAUAAAUGACAAUGUAGUGUUUGUCUAGAUAUUAUUAGGUAGGUAGCGUUUUUUGAUUCAAUGAUUUUAUUUGUCGAUUAUUUUUUCUAGUAACCUUGCUCGCCACCAAUAAUCGUUUCACCUUCAUUCACCAACAGAGACGGUCUAUACAACGUGGAUUUAAUUCUUAUUAAUUUCGUUGUUGGGCAUGCUUCUUUGAAAUUUUCUAUUAUGUAAAUGGCCACUGUUCUGCAAUUCUUUUUUGUAUCGUUUAAAGUAUAUUAUGUCUUCGUCGAUCGAACGCGCGGUGAUAUUGUCGAUGAUAAUGUCAAUAAUUAUAUGUUAGCAUGUGAUAUCUUCAACUGAGUUUAUGAUGAUUGAUAAUAAUCUAAAUCUUCCGACAAUACAAUAUGAUAUUUCGCAAUGUAUAUUGAAUUUUUUAUUAAUAUUUUUAAAUUUUUAAUAUUAAUUAUAAUAAUAUUAUAAAUACAAUUUUGAAAAAUCUAAAGUAAUUCAUAAAACAUGUUAAUCUUAAAUCGAAAACACUUCAAUUUUUUUUAUUAAUCUACCUAAUUGCUUGGGGUCUUCAUUAAUGAGAAAGAGACAAAAUUGUGUUUUGUUUACAUCGAUCGUUAAGGUCAUCGCUUCAUCUAAAAUUCAUUACGUUACGAGUCGGUUCGGUGCAGAAGAAAUGUAAAUUACAAUUUGAUAUUUUUUCGAGAUCAAUUUUAAUUAUAGCACGGAAUUAAUUAUUGCACGGGGGCCCUAGUAGCUUUUAAUAAGAUAGACCAAACAAUAUUCAUUUGUUUAGCGAGACCUUAAAUUGUUAUCGUUGCAUUUUGUGAGUCAGCCAUGUAAACCGUACAAAACUCUGGAGUCAAUAUCCUAAGCAACACGACCACUGGCAGACGCACUUCGACGAAUGCAACUUCGGCUUUUCAUAACUUCAAAGUACUGAAUUAAAAAAAAAAUUGUUGUAAUUGAGCAGACUAAAUCACGGGACCCGACUUAUAUUAAUAAAUAGAGUUAGCCCGAUAAUCAAAAUUUUACCAUAAUCACUUACUAUCCAAGAACCGUUGUUGCAAUUGUUCACAUUUGAAAUUAUGUCUCGCGAGCUUAGCGUGCCUCCUUACAUUAAGAUCACUAUAAAUAUUAAUUAGUUUUAAGGAAUCAAAAAACAAUUCCAUCAGUCUUUAUUUUCCGGAAGCUCUGCUGACAACAGUCUCAUCAAAAAAUUAUCAACAACCCCAUUGUAGUUUUAUUUCAAUAUUAAUUUAAUUGAAUGCGGUCACAAAUACAUUCUACGAAAACAAGAAACAACGACCAGUGAUGAAUUUAUCGGUAACGUUUUAAUUGGUAUUUCAUUGCAAAUUCAAACGAAUGAUUUCAGUAUUUAAAAGCAUUUACAUAAUGAACGUGAUAAAAAAUAUAUAUAUUUGACCCUUCAUCACCGUGCGCUGUGACGCUAAUUGAAUUUGUCCGAUAUGAGAGCAGACAUUUGUUUUUAAGUCGAUCCUUGUUAUAUAUUAAAUUUAUAUAUUUGUAAUAUUUAAUGUAUUUGUUCUAUUAUCGUUUGAUGUGUAUUACGUUUUCAAUAAUAUUGAGUUUUAAUUUGGUGUUUCCGUCGUGUAAUCGAAUAGUUUGUGACGUGGUUAAUGUCUCGUGAUUCGUUUGUAUUAUUCAUUGUGAAACUGCGUGUUUUCCGUACAAAUGAAAUCGUGCGAGUGUAGGAAUUGAAUUCUGAAAUGUUUUUUUAUUCGAAGACAAAGCAAAGUGUGGUAUUUUAAUUGUGCUUUAAAAAGAAAAGCCGUGUAAUUCGCGCUACAUACAAUUCGUUUUUUUUUUUCAAUUCUAAUUUUGAUGUCUUGUAACUUUGUGAAACAUUUUUGAAAGAUAAAAUUUUGCGAAUUGAAUUAAAUUCAUGUAUUUGUAUCAUGAAGUUGGUGACUUGGUUUUAUACAUUAUUGCAAACGAGGCCUGUCCAUAAUGAAAGUACUUCAUUGACUAAAAAGAAUCUGUAUUCAAUACUUUUACUGUAAUUAUUAUUUAGGUAUCGCUACUUUAAUAAAAUUAUUGUCUACGUUCACUUCAAAAGUGGUACUAUAUUAUUAAUGUCAGUUUAGUGUAACUUUGUACUACAACUAUUAACGUUAUGGGUAAAAAUUGAAUUUUUCGAAUUACAAAGUUUUACCGGUUACCUAAACUUUUACCGGUGAUUUUGAAAAACAGUAAAUGCAUUGAUGUAAGUAUGUAAUCCUGUGAAUGUAUGUUUAAUGUUUCGAUAUAUCUGUGUUUUAAAAACGAUAAUUUUAGAUGUCAAAUAAAAUAAAUGAUCCACAA